AUGAAACCCAUUCUCAGCAACCAGACUGUCAAUUUUCCAGAAAAUGUCUACAUCACUCUGAAGGGGUGCACAGUCAUUGUGAAGGACCCCAGGGGAACUCUGCAGAGAGACUUCAAUCACAUCAAUGUAGAGCUGAGUCUUCUUGGAAAGAAAAAGAAAAGGCUCAGGGUUGACAAAUGGUGGGGUAACAGAAAGGAACUGGCCACUGUCAGAACCAACUGUAGUCAUUUUCAGAACAUGAUCAAGGAUGUUACACUGGGUUUCCAUUACAAGAUAAGGUCUGUGUGUGCUCACUUCCCCAUCAAAAUCAUUAUUCAGAAGAAUGGGUCUUUGGAUCAAAUCAGAAAUUUCUUGGGUGAGAAAUACAUCUGCAGGGUUCAGAUGAGGACAGGUGUUGCUUGUUUUGUCUCUCAAGCCCAGAAGGAUGAAUUAAUCCUUGAAAGAAAUAAUAUUGAACUUGUUUCAAAUCAGUGA